AUGGUCAUGGCCAUUGAUUCUACAUGGUAUGAUGCUCAUGCCACAUUUUAUGGUGACAUGACCGGAGAUGAGACUAUGCAGGGAGCUUGUGGGUAUGGAGAUCUCUUCAAGCAAGGAUAUGGACUUCAUACAGCAGCACUAAGCACAGCCCUCUUCAACGAGGGAGCAACCUGUGGCGCUUGUUAUGAGCUGUAUUGUGUGAAUGAUCCUCAAUGGUGCAUCCCAAAUGCCGGCAGCAUCAAAAUCACAGCCACCAAUUUCUGCCCGCCAAACUACUUCAAACCAAACGACAACUGGUGCAACCCUCCAUUAAAGCACUUCGAUUUAUCCAUGCCCAUGUUUGUCAAGCUUGCUUACUACAAAGCUGGCAUCAUCCCUGUCAGAUAUCGCAGAAUCCAUUGUUCCAAGCACGGAGGAGUCAAGUUUGAGAUCAAAGGAAACCCAUACUGGACUCUUGUUCUGGUUUACAAUGUUGGCCGUGCUGGUGAUGUUACAGAUGUUAAAAUCAGGGAUAAGACGGGUUGGAUUCAAAUGACGCGCAAUUGGGGCCAGAAUUGGCAGACUGGCACUGUCUUACAGGGGCAGAGUUUGUCUUUUAGAGUCAUCACCAGUGAUGGGAAGAUACUGCGAUUCAUGAAUGUCGCCCCGAAUUAUUGGAGCUAUGGCCAAACUUUUGAUGGGAAACAUAAUUUCUAGGGUUCCAUAUUUAAUUGCCGCACCCUCACAUUAUGCUUUGUCGUUUGUUUACAAGGGAAAAAAAACCCUUCAUUGUUUUUUCUUAAUGAAGAAUUUGCAGGAGCAGAUUGUUUAGGGUUAA